GUCCCACGGUUCUUGAACGCGACAUGUCGCACCAACGAAGAAGAAGGACAGCCAACCGCAGCAGCAGCAAAUCCGUUGUGGUUGUUCGCAGUAGUGUCAUGGCGGCGGUGCAAGGCUUACGGGCAAUGGUGAAAUCGGACAGCGGCUCCGACCGCUCCGACUCUCAGUCGGACUCGGAGUCCGACAGAGGUACCCGCGAGGCCGAACCCAUGGAGGUGGAGGAAGGAGAGCUGGAGGCGGAAGACAUCUCCGUCAACCGGUCCUUGAAAGAGCUGCUGCCGGAUACCAGCAGGCGGUAUGUGAACAAAGCUGGAGCUUUCAUCACCGGGAUUGAUCUCAAUUCAAAGGUGGCCAUCAUGAGGAAAGAGGAGCGAGCGAGGCGUUUCAACUUCCGCGGUGAGGUGAGCGCCACUCAGCGCAACAUCUUCCUGGAUAAAGAUGCUGUAAAGAAAGCUAUCCCCAAAAUUCGCAUGGAGGCCGUCCACGUCACGGGCGUCGAUGACAUGAGCACCCAGGACAUCUUUGGGUAUUUUAAGGAAUAUCCCCCCGCACAUAUCGAGUGGAUCGACGACACUUCCUGCAAUGUGGUUUGGCUGGAUGACAACACGGCCAUCAGAGCAUUCAUCAACACCAGCCAAAUGCCUGAGCCUCACACUGUUGCCACGGAUACUGGAAGUGUCCACCAGAUGGGCAAGCCCAGCAAAGGUUGUCGGAGUCAAGGGUCAGACGACGAUGUUGACAAUGAUGACGAAGAGGGUGAGGUGGAUGACGUGGGGAAAAAGAGCAGUGUGGAAAGUCCCAAAGACAGCGAUGGGAAAGCGACGGACACGAUGAAGGUGGAGGCUGCUCAGGGGGAUGACCUGUCGCAAGCCGAGAGGGAAUCUCUGCUGAGGAACGACCCGCGUCCUGCCAUCAAACCCUUUAAAGGAAACCAGAUCCUUCUGCGCUUUGCCACUGAAGAUGACAAGAAAGAGCUGGGUGCUGCCCGCCGCAGUCGAUACUACAUGAAGUAUGGGAACCCGAAUUAUGGAGGCAUGAAGGGAAUCCUCAGCAACUCCUGGAAGAGGAGGUUCCACAGUCGACGGAUCCAGCGAGAUGUCAUCAAGAGCAAGAAACCUCUCAUUGGCGACAGCAUGGGACACACUCCACCGUACACUCAUCGACACUCUGCCGACCUGGUCAAUCUCCCUGAGGAGCCUAUCAAGGAAGAGGAGGAAGAGGAGGAGGAGGAGGAGGACUACGGUGAUGAGGACAUGGACUCAGACGACCGGGUGGUAGAAUUCAAAGAGAAAGGAGACAAAGGUGCCGUGUCCUCUCGACCCCCGCCGAUGGGGCCCCGUAGCAGGGGUGAGCGGUCCCCGUCGCCCUGGUCCGAGUCUGAUGAGAUGGACUAUGACCUGGAACUGAAGAUGAUCUCCACACCAUCCCCGAAGAAGAGCAAGAAGAUGACGAUGUAUGCUGACGAGCUGGAGAGCCAGCUGAAGAGCAUUAGGAACAGGGUGGGAGAGUCCGCAUCACAAAGCAGGGCAAAGUCCCCAUCACCCAGCAAAGUGACAGACGUGCGGCAGCUGCUCGAGGAGAAGCGACAGGGGCUGUCUCAGCACAGACCGCAGACCCUGGCGGUGAAGAGUGGCAAGACAGACGUCCGACAGCGACUUGGGAAGAGGCGGUACUCCCCAGAAAGAAGGCACUCCCCCUCCCCCGUCUCCCCCAGGGACGCGCCUCACCCCACCAGAGAGCCAAUCAGUGACGUCCACCGCCGACUGGGCAUCGUCAGCCGGGACAGAAGCGGCGCAUCCAAGUCAUCCAAAGACAGAAAGACGAGCAGCCUAUGGAGCCGACUGGGUGACAAAGACGAAAAGGUGGGAGAGCGCAGGCCGAGCAGCGGGUCGUCGGGACUUUUCUCGUCGUCGCGGCGUAGCAGGAGACGCCGAGGAAAGAGAGCAGAGGAGGGGAGGGAGAAGGAAGGCGAGGAAGACGACGACUCAACGCUGCAGAAGGUUUGGGGCGCCAUGAUCAAGAAGAAGCAAGAGCGCCUCAGCCACAAGUUGAAGAAGAGCCGCCUGGACAACCUGCCGUCGUUGCAGAUUGAGAUCAGCCGAGACAGCAGCGAGGACUCUGACGCCUGACUCUAAAACUUGAAUAUGGCGGGGAUUUGAUUGCGGGGCAAAGUCAGUCCUGUCCGUGGAUGGAUGACUGAGAGGAUCAACUCGGCACAUUCUCUGGACCCUCCAACUGGUCCCCCCCUGCCCCUCGUGUGUCACAUUAUUUCUUUUAAUACAGAACAUCCAAUGUUUGCUUUGGGUGGCAUUCAACUUUACUUUUAUAUUUUGAAUUCAAUUUACUCGUUGAAGAACUUUGUACAGGUAACAGAAGAACAGUUUUUAUGAAAGGACCAUUCGACCGUGACGUUGUUUGAUGACGGGAAGUUAAUGAGGAAACAUUUUGUUAAAGUAAGCAUUUAUAGCAUCAUGGGGGAGCUUCUCAAACCACCGUUGCUCUUUACAGUGUAAUGCCUCCUACUUUUACGCUGCAGACAGAACCACCCAAAUGGGACCUAAUGUUUUAUUUCAUCAACACAAAAUAGUUAUUUGUGUGUGGAACAGUUGUGGCUAAUACACACAAGGCCUACCAUGCAAUUCAAGAAACCUCAACCAGGGACAAAACCUUGAACUCCCAAUACUAAUUUUGUAUCAAAAUAAUAUUCCCCACAUCUGAGAGCUCAAAAUUAGGUUUGUACACGUAAAUGCUUCGCUGUGGUUGAUAUGUUUUCUUUUUUUUUUUUUUUUUUUAAUAUGCACAUGCCCUCGGGGAAAAAUUAGCAUCACAAGACACAAGUGUAAGCCCCCCUCUUUUUCCGACAAAUUUCAGCCAAGACAUUUUAGUAAUAGGCCUUUAAAAAAAAAAAAAAAAAAAAAACCUGGUAAAACUCCAGAGAGCAGUAAUGGACUGAUUGUACUUUUGAAUGAAUGAUGAGGAGAGCUUCCAUUUGAAAUAAAACAUGGCCCGAUUUUUUUCAAAUUCCAAGACGCGGUGCUCUUUGGUAAUGAGGCUGUCUUCAAUUGAAGUC